GAAAUUCUCAGUAUUCUCAGUAAAGUGAAGCCAUGAUUGCCUUUAUAUUAAAAAUUUUUCCGUUACUCAUUGUUGCAUCGGUUGCUGGGAAAAAUGUUCUUGAAGAUGACCUUCCAAAACUGAAAUGGCCCAAAAAGUAUUCGUUCGAAGCCGAAUCUCUGUCACUGACGUCAGGUUUGGUUGAAGAUGUCACCUACUGGCGAGUCAGCAAAAAAUCGAGGGUAGAUUUUAACAAAGGUGCCGUAAAACUGAUAUCAAUUAAGGGCCAGAGGAAGUCAAAAUUUCCUUUCGGUGUAAAAUAUGAGAUUCAUCCCGAAAGUAAUGAAGAAUAUGAGAACAAAUUCAUCUGCACGGGAAUGAAAGGAAACAUCUUCAGACAAGCCAAACUGGAUAAGGUUUUGCCAGAUGUUGACGAUUUUGUCCACAUUGGGAAGGAGAAACUUGAAUUAGGUGAGGUGGAAAAGUUUACAUUCUUUGAAGACAAAGAUUAUAUUAACUCUCAAACGAGGCAGAAUUUAUGGGUGUUACAAAAUGAUUCAACAUUUAUACCCGUUAGAUAUGAGAAGAUAGUAUAUAAUACUUGGAUUAAAAAUGUGAAAGAUCACACAAUUUGGAACAUCUUCAACUUCAAAACCGAUUUCAGCGAAGACGUCUUCGACAUAGACGACUAUGAUUGCAAAAUUAAUUCGCCCAAAAAUAACAAUGAAAAUGAAGAGGUUGAUAGUGAUGAAAGCACAAACUUGGAUUCGGAUCACGUAUUCGCAGAAUUUAUGCAAAAGCACAAUAAAAACUACGACGGUCCUGAACAUGAGCAGCGCAGAAAAAUUUUUGAAACUAAUUUAAGAAAGAUUGAGGAACAUAAUAGAAGUAAUAAAAACUUCAAGCUAGCAAUAAACAAGUUUGCUGAUCUUACCCACAAAGAAAUGGAAAAACGGAAGGGUCUCAAACGACGAGGCAAAUCAUCAGGCGCAAUUCCAUUUCCGUAUAGCAAAUCGAAGAUCGCUGAAAUGUCUGAUACUCUACCGAAAGAAUAUGACGCGAGGAUGUACGGCCUAGUAACAUCGGUUAAGGAUCAACAGGAUUGUGGAUCGUGUUGGACUUUUGGAACAACUAGCGCGGUAGAGGGAGCUCUAGCAAGAAUAAAUGGUGGAAGACUUAUGAGACUCGCCAACCAAGCUCUUAUAGACUGUGCCUGGGGAUAUGAGAAUUUUGGCUGUGACGGGGGUACAGACACGGGAGCGUAUCACUGGAUGUUGAAUUAUGGCAUGCCCACUGAAGAGGAGUAUGGUCCAUAUGUGAACAAAGACGGUUUCUGUAGAAUUCACAAUAUGACGCAAACCUACAAGAUAAAAGGAUUUACUAACGUUACACCCUACAGCGUUGAAGCUCUUAAGGUGGCCUUGGUGAACCACGGUCCGUUGUCGGUGUCCAUCGACGCUACAGACAUGCUUACUUAUUACAACGGCGGUAUCUACUCCGAUAGUGACUGCAGUACUACAAAUUUAAACCACGAAGUAACUCUCGUCGGCUACGGUGAAUUGGACGGUGAAGAGUAUUGGAUAGUGAAAAAUUCGUGGGGUAGGGAUUGGGGUGUUGACGGCUAUUUCCAUAUCACAACCCGGGAUAACAGCUGCGGGAUCACCACUGAACCUACUUAUGUAGUUUUCUAAACGAUGCCACGUCUGAUUAUAAUUUUAAAAAGACCAUGAUAAAUAAUGAUGACCAUGAUUAGAUGCUUUGAUUUUAAAAUACUUUUAUAUAUAUCUAGCAUAGGAUUGCACGUUACUUGAUAGGAAUUUUUACGCUAAUAAUAAAAUGUUAUUAUCAA